GCAAUAUCUUGACUCUCACACGAAAAGACACAUUAUCACUCAGGAUCUCAGAAAAUAUCAUCUCAAACCGACUAAAAAUCUCUACCCCCACCCUCUCCUCAACUCUCAUAUUCCCCAGUCAAAAAUGACAUCACUCCCAAAAAUUUUCUUCGUCCUCGGGCCACCUGGUGUCGGGAAGGGAACCCAAUGUAUGCUCCUCGCCCAGCUAUCCAGUCGUCAUCGCCACAUUCAUCACAUCAGCAUUGGCGAUAUCCUACGCUCAGAGCUGCAAAAGCCAUCUAGUAAAUGGGCAUCCAUCAUCCGAGCCAACAUGGCCGAAGGCCGAACAGGUCCACCCGAGAUGUCUGUUUCCAUGUUACAAGAAGCGAUUGCACGAAGAAGUGAGGAUACCAAGCCUGGUAAAGAAAUGGUAUUUUUGAUCGAUGGAUUUCCUCGUAGUAUCUACCCCAUCUCCCUCUUCGAAUCUACAGUCUGUGCGCCAUCUCUCGUGCUCUCUCUACAUUGUCCACUGCAGAUUCUGCAAGAGAGACUCUUGUCUCGAGCUAAAUCUUCAAGUAGGAUUGAUGAUGGGGUUGAAAUCAUGCAUAAGCGAUUUGAACAGCAUGUUUGUGCUACUGGACCUGUUAUUGAGAAUUAUAGGGAGCGAGGGUUAUUGGCUGAGAUUGAUGCCAGUAGGAGUGUUGAGGAGGUGCAUCGGGAUGUUUGGGGGGCAGUGGAGAAGAUCUUGGGGGAGCAUUAAGGAUGAGUAGAGGGGCCGGGUGGGUUUGCGAGACUUUGAUGGGCGAUGAGGGAAUG